UUUAAAAAGCAUCUCAGGGGGAUUCCUCGUUGGUUUUGAAAAUGCCAAGAAUACAUUUCUGAAAAUUCGAGGCAAAAAGGGUGUCUACUUUGAAGAUACUAAAAUACUAAAUUAUUUUGAUUUAUUUGGGAUUUUUUUAUCACAACAUAAUUCCCAUAGUUCCAUUUGUGUUAUUCCAGAGUUUGGAUGACUUUAUUAUUAUUCUAAAAAUGUGGAAAACAAUAAAAAACAAAGAAUGAGUGUGUCUAAACAUUUGACCAGUAGUAUAUAUGCGUGGCUACAUCUUGUUGGUGCUGGGGUUUGAACUCACAACCUUCUGAUCAGUAUGCUGGAGCCACCACUGCCCCCACAAGAUUCACCCUUGAUGGCAUCACCCCAACGACAAGGAAAGGUACAGGUUAGUACUAUUGUUUUCUGAUAGUGUAUUUUUUUUUACCAUCAUAACAGUUUAGACUGCAUUUUCCUCAACAUGGCAACUCUUAGCCCCCCAAACCUGAAAGCGCGAGCAAAACGUUUGAAUGUACCAAUGAGCUCGCGUGCACGCCACGUCCUUGGAACCUUCUGGAUUUGAACCAAUCAUUCAUAUAGUGACGUAAUCAGUGUCGCGUAGUAAAUAAACCGAAAGGACGGACAAGCUAAAAAUGACUGACACAACAACUUGGAGUAUUUCUGACCAAAACCUUGGACUGUAUCGCUUUUGGUUCGGACAAGGCCGUUUCUAAACCGGUUUAUUUGUCUCCAGUAACAUUAUAUUCGUGUAUAUUCGCUACUACUGGUUGUUUUUUUUCAGUUUAACUUUGAAUGACUAGUUUAGCAUGAAGCUAGCUUCCUGCUUGAUGUUUCAUACGUUCAUUAAACACGCCAGUGCAGGGAAUACUUCAUACAUUACUACGAAGCCAAUAUAUACACAGUUAGGUGCUGUUCUGAACUUAAACCGAGUCUCCACGAAUGUUAGUGUACUUUCCAACAUAACACUGGGCACACAGGAACGGUAAUUAAACAGCUGUAGCUAUCAUAUUUAGCAAGCUAGCUUGUUAGGUAACAGUCUCUCUUUUGUGAUAUUUAUGGUGAAAAGACUCGCACAACAUCAAAUUAUCAGCCAAAUUUCUACACCUAUCGUCCCAAAACUCGUUGUUAGUUAAGAGCUAACCCUUAAUGAAUGAAUGUCUUGAGGAGACUGCAAGCUAACUGAGAUAGCUCAAAGCGCGAGCGGGUUUUUUUUUUAAAGCUGCAACAGGGGGAGAAGAUAAGUAAAGGAUAAUUAAAAUGUCGGAUUUAAACCGAGAAGUUGUGGAAUUGGUGUGGGGGAAACAUACGAGCAGCAGCGGAGUGUCUGCGUCUCUGUUCCGCAGGUGGACCCAAGGUUUUGUCUUCAGUGAGACUGAGCACAGUGCACUGGAGCAGUUUGAAGGUGGACCAUGUGCUGUGAUCGCACCUGUGCAGGCAUUCCUGCUAAAAAACAUCCUAUUCAACAUGGAGAGCUCAAACUGGAGAAAUAUCUCUGAGGAGGAGCAGCGCUUGGCCCUGUGCUCUACUCUCACUGAGAUUCUGGUGUCAGCCUGCACUGGCAAAUCCCACAACUUCUGCCUGGCCACGUGGGCUCCCUCCAAAUCCACAGACGAGAACAGGGACAUCACUGAAGACCACACAGAACCAGAAUCCAGUCAGAACUCGCAUACCCAACAGCAGCAGUCCACUGCUUUGGCUGCUGAGGAGCUUGGCUUUGAGCGGUUUCACAGCAUGGUACAUAAAAGGACACUAAAGACUGUUGCUGAGCUAAAGGAGAUAAUGCUAUCACUGUACGACACUUGGCGGAAUAAAUUUGGUGUCUUGCUCUUCCUGUAUUCUGUAAUACUUACAAAGGGUAUUGAGAACAUAAAGAAUGAGAUAGAGGACACUUCAGAGCCACUUAUUGACCCAGUGUAUGGUCAUGGCAGUCAAAGCCUCAUCAACCUGCUGGUCACGGGACAUGCAGUGUCAAACGUAUGGGAUGGGGACAGGGAAUGCUCUGGAAUGAAGCUUCAUGGGAUCCAUGAACAGGCUACUGUUGGCUUUCUCACACUAAUGGAAUCGCUGCGAUACUGCAAGGUUGGAUCAUUUCUCAAAUCUCCUAAAUUCCCUAUUUGGAUCCUUGGCAGUGAGACCCAUCUCUCUGUGUUUUUCACCAAGGAGAUGUCUCUGGUGGCCCCUGAGUCACCGUCAGAACAAGCCAGAAGAGUCUUUCAGACCUUCGAUCCAGAAGAUAACGGGUUCAUUCCUGACACACUGCUCGAGGACGUUAUGAAGGCUUUGGAUCUGGUCUCGGAGCCUGAGUAUUCUGUUAAAGUGAUACAGACGGUCCAGAGGGUCAGCACAUCCAGACGCAGUUCCCCAGAGCAGACCUUUGCUAUAAACACACACUCCAGAGCAGACUGGUGGAUCUCUGUAACUCUCGCAUCAUAAACAGCUCAUUUCCAGCCCUAACUUUAGGAGGAAAGUUUCUGUGGAGUGGUUGAUAACCAAGAGAUCUCGUCGUGAAACUGCACAGAUUGUUAUACAUGAUUGCUGUAAGACAAAGUGUAUCAUUUGUUCAUCAUUGUGCAAGAGCUGUCCCGUGUCAGUCAUCGCAGGCAUUCAUAGCAUAAAUAUAUGUGAGUGAACUGGAUUGGACAUAAUGUCAACAUUAGUUCGGUAGCAAUCUCUUUCAGGUCAAAAUCGGGUCAGUGCAUCCCUAAUACUGUAUGUGUGUAUAAAUCUGUACUCCUGCAUCCAGUGUCGUAAAAAAUCCAUCCUCUGUUCCAAGUACAUCAUAAGUACGAAAAUAAUCAGACUGGGUGUUGUGAUAAUGCAUAGCAGAUGUUUACAUAUAGUCCACAAGACACAAUAAUAACUGAAUUCACGCAAAUGAACCAGUUCAAAAGUUUACAUUAUCUUGAUUCUUAAUAAUGUGUGUCGUUACCUGGAUGAUCAACGAUUUUGAUGUUUUGUGAGAGUUGUUCACGAGUCCCUUGUUUGUCCUGAGCAGUUAAACUGCCACUGUUCCAAAAAUCCAACACUAUUGUACAACACAUAUAUCGUAUAUCAUAGAAAUGCCUUUGAGAAUUGUGAUAUGAUUUUGUAAUUUAAAAAAAAAAAACUUUAUUUAUUUAUUUUUUUGGUCAAAUCGUCCACCCUUACUGCUGAGAACCCGGAACUCAGAGUUCUCUGUCUUGAAGACUUGUGUGGCAGAAAACUUACUGACUGUUACCAUAGCAUCACCAUAUCAAAGAUUUAUGCAUUUUCUUUAAGGAAAACAUUUUGGAAUCUCUUUAUUAUGUAGCCUUAUAUUAUGUGCCAUACAAGUCAGAGUGAAUGAGUCAAUAAUACAGAAACAAUAAACGUAUUGGAACAAGCGCAUUAAUAUAAACCUGUGAUUUACCUUGCGGUUGGAACUACAGUACUGUUUGAUAUGCUGUAAUAGAAGAUGAAUGAACACAUUCUGAGCAAUCAGAAGAAUUAAACAACACAAAUAAUCUCAGUGAGUGUGACAUCUGUAUUUUCCCUCAUUUGUGUGUGUGUGUGUGUGUGUGUGUGUGUGUGUGUGUGUGUGUGUGUGUGUGUGUGGUUGAGCAAGUUUUGCAGAUCAUGCUUCCUUAAAAAGGAAAAGUCUGGUGAUUUCUGAAAUCAGCAUAGUUGUGUUGAAAUAAAGGCCAGAUUCCAGACAUUACUCAUGGCUAUUUAUAACUUAUGAACCUUCUAUUCCUGGACAUCGUAACGCUUCAUUAGAGCCCAGUAUUUCAACACUUACUUACUUUUUCUCAUUUGUACACACAGAUACUAUGCAUCUUUAUAUCAAAUUUUUUUUAAACUCUUUUUUUUUUUUUU